AUGUUAUCAUCUUUAUCAUCGCACAGUGUUGGCCUUACCACCACCAUCUCAGUCGUUGCGAUCGUUUUACAUUUCACUUCCACUUUAUCAGCCCUACGUAUCAAAGGCUCAUGGAAUACAAAUAACGCUCGUCUAACAGUGUUGGCCAAAUUCGGUUUUCAACAAACUGAUCCCAUGGAACAGGCGGAUUCAAAGAACAGUCGAGGCUUCAUUUAUGGCAACAUAUCGUCGGAUUUCAACUUCGAAAGUCGUGCCGUGUUGAUUAUUGUGCCACAAAUACUACUUCCAUCGUUCUUCGUCGAUUCAAUGUACGGACAGUCAUGUGAGUCGAUGUUAAAAAAUGUUUCUUCGUUGGCGUUCGAAACGAAGUGUAUGCCGAAAGGAAAAGGCGAUAUCAUGCGUUGGGUAAUAGACGGCUAUCAAAUGACACUGCGUGUGGAAGAACCAUACACGCCAGAAUAUUGGUAUGUUUUGUUGAUUGGUUGUAAUUUGGAUGCAAAUUGCUCAUGGAUUCCGACCAAGGAUUUAAUAACGCUUCAUUACGAUAUUUGGCUGACGAAUGGUAGUCCUCAACUGCGAUACCUAAAUCCUUUCACACAUCAAUUCAGUUUCGAUGAACAGGAUUCAGCAGAAAUGUUUCUAAUAUUCGUUUUGCUCUAUUCGAUGCUGUGUUUGUGCCAAUGGCGUGCACUCACACUCAGUCAUUAUCCACGUAUUGUUCCUCGACAGAAAUUACUCACUUGCAUUAUUGCCACCAAAACUGUUGGUCUCAUUCUACAGUGUUUAAAUGUGGUCGUUUUUGCAUAUGAUGGACAGGGAGUAAUGUUGGCACGCCUAUUUGGUGAAAUGUUACGUUUAUGGUCCAUUUGUUGCCUGUGCCUUUUAUUGCUCUUAUUGAGUCGAGGAUGGUCUCUCAGUGAUCAACCGUCGACUCUGUUAUCGUCGAAUCGAAAUGCAAUCCUUAUUUGGUCUAUUCUCACAGCCACACAUUUUGCACUUUUCUUUAUCAAUUUCUUUUUCGUUGACGAUGUCCUGCAUGAUAUCGACGUUUUUAAGUCAUGGCCGGGUUAUGGAAUGUUGAUUAUUCGAAUGAUUCAAGCGUUGUGGUUUCUUACCGAAAUGCGUUUUUCUAUUGAUAGAGAGGAUGAUGAAGAUCGGGCCGAAUUUUUGGCUCAUAUUGGUGCCGGUUACUUGGUAUGGUUCAUUUAUCCAUCCGCACUUGGUGUUAUCGUGUCGUUCAUAUCGGUUCUGUGGCGAUUCAAAAUUAUUUUAGGAAUAACAACAAUAGCCAACUUUCUGGCAAUAACCUGUCUUGUGCAUUUGUUUUGGCCAACAAGUGUAAAUCGACGCUUCUUUCUUUCUGAUGUCAGUUUUUAUCGUCGAAUGGAUCAAGCUGACUCUACUGAAUUAGAGGAUUUUGAGCGACUUCUGAUCAGCAGCGAAGCGGAAGUUGAAUUAGAUAAUUCAGUUGUGAACGAUUUUCAUGGCGGACUUUAG